GCAUCAACAGCGGACCUCAGAAAAAGUCCAACCGCGGAGUCUUGAAGUCGGUGAUAUUCCUUCCUCCAGGGCAACCAACACCCCGCAGAGUCCUCUCUCUCUGCCUACCUUUCAAUUCCACCUCUUCAAUUCGAUCACCUUCCCACAACAAGAAGAAAAACAAAUCCAUCGAAAAUGCCCCCCGUCACAAUCCCCCAAUUCCUCCUCCCCCGAGGCGCCCCCUCCACACGCACCCUCCGCACGCUCACCCGCGCCUAUCCUACAAAGACGCCGACCCCAGCAACGCCGUCACCCCGCCGCUGCGCAUCCUCGCACAGCAGUAGCAAAGAUGACAAGCCCCGCGUCCUCGAGAAGCCGGAUAAGUUCCGUCCGCCAUCUCACCCAGCGCGUCGCGUCAUGCAGACUCGCAACGGCCGGCUCGUGAACCCGGGACCGGUGCACUACGGUCCGCGGCUCUCGGAGGCAGAGAAGGAGGCGCAGAACAAGAAACAGUAUCCGAAUAUGUUUCCGCCGGAGGGGACGGUCAUGCAUCGGUUUUUGACUAAUCGGUGGAUUCAUGUGUGGAUUGCUAUGGGCGUCCUAACCUCCCUCGCAACCUUCACCUUCACGACGAACUUCAAACGAACCUCCCCCUUCGCGCAUCUCCUCCCUUCCUGGUCCGACCUGCUCUGGCACCCCAUCGACACGAUCUCGCAGGCCCUUUCGGUGUACCGAAUGCACGUGCAACACAACUCCCUCGAGACGCGCCAGAAGCGCCAGCGUCGCAUCGAGGACGCCGAGAAGAGACGCCAGUACCGGGUUGCCCAUGGCAUGGAGGAGCCGAGCGCGGAGGAUAACAAGGAUGGGAAGAUCGACGCGGAGUUGGACGGUGUGGAUGAUCAGAGCCCCGUGGCGGUUGAGGAGCAGGUGAAGAAGGGGCAGGCGGAGUUUGUGGAUUGGGAGGGCAAGAGGAGGCCGGUGAAGAAGUGGUUGGGGAUUUGGUAG